CCCUUCUUUCUUCUCCGUCGUUUUGGCGACCGUGUGGCAACAUGAGUAAAAUUUCGCGCGAUACGUUGUACGACUGUGUUCGUGAUGUCCUUCAGGGCUCACAAGAUAAGAAAAGAAAUUUCUUGGAAACGGUGGAAUUACAAGUUGCCUUGAAGAACUACGAUCCACAAAAGGACAAGCGUUUUAGCGGUACUGUCAAAUUGAGACAUACGCCUCGGCCAAAUCAAAAAGUAUGUGUCUUUGGCGAUGCUCACCAUUGUGAUGAAGCUAAGUCAAAUAAUGUACCAUCGAUGGAUGUCGACGCUUUGAAAAAAUUGAAUAAGAACAGAAAAUUGAUUAAAAAAUUGGCUAAAAAAUACGAUGCAUUUAUUGCUUCUGAGAGUUUAAUCAAACAAAUACCUCGUAUCAUGGGACCUCAAUUAAACAAGAUUGGUAAAUUUCCUACCAUGUUGACUCACAACGAUAACAUGAAUGCCAAGAUUGAAGAUGUCAAAUGUACUAUCAAGUUCCAAAUGAAAAAAGUGUUAUGUCUUGGUGUUGCCAUUGGUAAUGUUAGUAUGUCGGAAGAUGAAUUGGCUGCCAAUAUCCAUUUAGCCGUUAACUUUUUGGUAUCAUUAUUGAAGAAAAAUUGGCAAAACGUUCGCGCAUUGUAUAUUAAAAGUUCGAUGGGUAAAUCCUAUCGCUUAUAUUAGAUGGGUAGCUAAUCCUUUUGCACUGUGUACUGCAGUAUGCAAUGCGUAUCUCUCUACCUUGAUUGAAACAUCGUCAUUGUUGGAAAUAUAUAUGUACAGGCAGUGAGACUAAGCACUAAAAUAAAAGA